GAGUAAUCAAGUUUUGUUGUAUGCUGUCAUGACUUUAAGUGAUUUCUAUGUUCAUAUUGUCCCAUCCUUGAUGUUUUUAAAAUGUAAAAUGCUUGCUACAACGCUUCGCUUGUUACAACUUUCAAUCACAAUUUGUAUUUUUCUACUUCAGUAUUUCACAAGUAAAAUGCCUUCUAAUGUAGAAAUAAAAGCUAAAGUAAAAAACUUUGACGCAUUUCUGAAACUGGCAAAAGAAAUAAGUGGACAAGAAGGAACAUUAUUGUGCCAAACAGACACUUUUUUUGUUUGUCCAAACGGACGACUCAAACUUCGUUGCUUUAAAAAUGAAGGGAAAGGGCAAUUAAUUUUCUACACAAGACCAGACCAAUCUGGCCCAAAACUGUCAGAAUUUUUCUUCACAACUGUAAAUAAUCCGGAAGAGUUGAAACAGACAUUAACAUCAGCGUAUGGCACACGAGGUGAAGUCAGAAAAAGACGAACUCUGUUCCUUGUGGGACAAACGAGAAUUCAUGCAGAUGAGGUGGAUGGUUUAGGAACCUAUAUGGAGUUGGAAGUCCAAAUGCAGAGCGGACAAUCAGUGGAAGAAGGGAACAAGAUAGCGAAAGAUUUAAUGAAGAAACUUGGCAUUGAAGAAUCAGAUCUAAUAACUGGUGCAUACAUGGAUUUGUUGUUGAAAAAGCAACAAAACAUAGAAUGAGAUUGAACAUAAUUGUCAACGUUGAAGAGCCUCAUGUAGAUUGCCUCCUAUUUUUCAGGAAUAAUCUGACCUUUUAUUUUAUGACCUUUUUUGGACAUUUUGGUAAAUGAAUAUCCGGUGUUUAUAGCCAGAAACCGAGGCAGUACUUUCAACUAGAACUCUUAAUUAAGAUUUCCAUUGCAAUGCCCAAUACGGUGCUGAAACUGGAUCAAAUAAUUUUAUUCCUAAUAUUAAUUCCAAAAAUAAAGAGUGUUUGUAUAUUCCCUGAAAUAAAUAACCAGCCCGGCCAAGAAGCUCUCGGGCAUUCAAUAUUGUUAUCAAAUUACAGGUGUCCAGAAAAUUGAGUCUUUUAGUGUGACUUUAUAUAUUCAACUCUGAGAAUGGUCUAACUUGUUCCAAUGCUCAGUAGUUCUUUGUGACCUCUUAUAUUUAUCCUGACAGACAAAUUUUUGAUUAACCUUUUUUGCAUGCAUUGUGCGAAAUUGCUGUCAUGUUUAAGUUAGAUUUUUCAAGUCUUCAAAAUUUUUUUUUUCCUUUAUAUUCGCCGAGGUCUUCACCAUCAAAAUCGAAACCUCUAAAAAUCCUAUUGUUUUGCUUACACCAGUUGUGCUUUGUACAACCUCUCAUCAUUAUUGUUUGACACCGUAUAACUGCCAAAUGUCUUUCCUUUUCGAAUAGUUUCAAGUUCCAAUCAUAUUUUUUAUUAAAUGCUCCCUUUUCCACA